UCGGAAAAAUGAGAAUGUUCAUGGCUGAUGGCAAAAUACUGAACAAACUCCUCAGUCUUUCAUGUUAACAUUUCCUUCCCAGGUUAUAUUAUCAUUAUCCUCUUCACCAUUCCACUGAACAACAUUUUUAUCAGGUUAUUUGAGCUUCCCAGUCCAGAAAAGAUUACACCUUCAUUUCAGGUGAACCCUUUCGAGUUGUUAUUUCUUGAAGGAAACCAAUAAUUCAUCAACAACUCUAUUGUUAUUUACCUUUAUUAUUAUUUUUUUACGAUUGCUAUUGUGCUUAUAUUAUUACAGUUAUUAUUGUUAUUUUUGCUAUCAACAUCUUUAAUCAUCAAUCUUCUGGUUACAUUUGUUUCACCUUUUUGCAUCAAAAUACAACAUUAUGAAUUGCAUUUUACAAAAUGUGCAAUGUUAUUGAUAUAGUUUUAUUUUAACGGUGAAUCUCAUUCGAUAAUGCAAUUGAUAUUAUUUACCAGUGAAUUGAAGAUAAUAAAGGAUUAUUAUGAUCAGUUUACUUGAACAAUUUUGUUAAUCACAAAAGAGGUGAAUCAAGUGAAUCAUCAAACUCAAUUUGUUUAGUGUUUUCUUCGCUCUUUAAAUCCCUUUUCUUCGUCAACUCUUGACUGUUUCCUAAUGUUAAACACCAAAAUUGGACUGAAUCGGAUUGAUGGUGAAGUCAACCGAGCCAGUGGCUUUGGAGAUGGAGGAAUCUCCGUUUAUGAAGCUUCAUCAUUAUCCCCAUCUAACCCACUCUUCAUUAAAACCCGAUCAAACUCAGUUCAACACCAAACAAUCCCAGAAACAACAACAUCAAACCAUUCCUCAACACCUUUCUAUCAAUACUAUCCUCAACCUUCAUCAUCAUCUUUUUACUUCCAACCGCAACCCUAUUCGGACCAGAAACAAUUGAAUCACGAUAAUAACAAUUUGGAUUCAGAAAGAAAAAAAGACGAAAGAAAAUUGUCAUUCUCUAAAGAAUCCUAUACCGAUAAGCAUGGAAUCGAUGGUGAUAAUAAUGGUGACAAUCAGCAUAAUGGUGAUGAUAAACAUAAUCCCAAUUCAUCGCCAUCCAAUGAUAGCAAAAAUGAGCGAACAGCAAUAUCCCGUUGUUUAGCAUUGGAGCAAGCUUACGUCCACGAUGUUUACAGUUCAAUUGCUCGUGAAUGUGGAGCUUGUUCACCAGUCCGAUCACAUAUCAAAGAAUUUCUUUACGAUGAAUUUGAAUUGGGCAGUUUACUUAUGGAUGUUGGUUGUGGCGAUGGUAAAUACUUAAACCUUAAAUCGGACAUAUUCACUCUAGGCCUUGAAAAGUGUCCCGAUUGGUUCAACAAAAGUAACCAGAAUACGAUACCUGCCAAUGCACUCAACAUGUCUGACUUAAUGGUGGCCGAUGUCAUUUAUUUACCAGUGAGGGAUGAAUUUUUUGAUGGCGUCCUUUGCUGCGGAGUUUUACAUCACAUAUCAACAACUGACCGCCGUGUCUCGGCUAUCAAAGAGAUGUGCAGAGUCAUCAAAAUUGGUGGUAAACUACUGAUUACUGUUUGGGCUUUUGAAGGAAGAGAGUUGGAAUCCCAAGAUGUUUUGAUUAAGUGGAACUCUUCUAAACGUAAUCGAAGCCGUUAUGGUAAUACUGGUGAUCAAUCGAGUGAUGAAUCAACAUCAAGCUGUUCAACAAGCAGCACAACCACAACCAAUUAUGUUAACCGGAAAGCAGCCUAUGAAUCCUGUAAUUCACCAACCUCCCAAUUUGGUACUUGUUAUUCAUUUGUACGUAAAGCCUUACAAAGGUUUAGCUUAUCAUCAAACACAUUUUAUCAUUCACCUCGACGCACAUCUAAAUCAUCGACUAACCGAGAUACCACAUCAACAUCAGGAUUUGCAACUCUUGAAGAUAUGCCCAUUGAAUUGAGAAACAUUGAGAGAAACCAGAAUGAUCCAUUUUCAUCUGAUUCGCCUGAAUUAAACCAUGAUUCGAGUAAAAAUAAAAAUGGUUCCAAUCCAAAUGGACUAUCCAAAGGUGUUCCUUUUCUUGGUCAACGAGCGGCUUCAUUGUUCCAUCUCAGCUUUUCUCAUAAUAAUCAAACCCAUUCAACUCAUGGACCAUUGAGUGCCUCAGCAUCUGUAUCAACCUCUGUCCCAGGAAUGAAAAUGGAACCAACUCAAUCUACUUAUCCCCAUGCAAUAGAUAACUUUGGCCCUUCUACAGCCCCAGUUUCCCGACAAAACAGUAUAACAUCACUGGUUGGAAAUAGUCGAGGAGUUCGUCGCGAUUCACUUUUUAAUCUUAUUCGUAAUUCAAUUACAAAACCAAUUCGCAAAACAGUUGGACCCAAAAAUGAAUCAGAUGAUUCCUCACCCAUCAACUCUGCCUCUCAAUCCCCAUAUCAUAAACUAAAAAAUAAACCCUCCAAGGAAAAGUCAUCAACUGGACUUCGAUUAAAUGGUUUCCUUUCUCAACAUCGUUUCAGUCUUCCAGUUAAUUUAAGAAGACCAUCCAACCGUAGACCAGUGCAAUCAGAAGCCAAUAAUAAAUCAAGCAAUAACAAUAUCAAUGAAGAUGAUAAUCUACAGGAGAAUGAAUUGCGAGAUCAUUUAUUAUCGAGCCAAGAGUCAACAGAAGUUUCAUCUGAAUUGCUUGAUAAUCUUAAAGAUUCGGUUGAUCAGUCUGUUAAUGAUGAAAUACUGGAUAAAUCUAAAGUUCUAGCGGGAUGUAGCCUUGAUGAAUCAAUUGUUGCUGGAGUUGAAGACAAUGAUGAAGAUAGGGAUGGUGAUGAUGAAGGAGAAGAUGUUGCUGAGGUUGAUGAUAAAAGGUCUACAGUUGAAGGUGAAGGUGAAAAGGAAGAUAUGCUGCUAAUGAUUCGUUCAUCUGUUGCAGCAUCCAUUGCUGGUGGACCAAGCAAACGAAAACGUGAACUUUGGGGUAAAAUAAUGCAAAAAUCAUUGUCUUCCGAUUCAUUAGAAUCUAAAUAUUCCAAACAAUCUCGUCAACAAUCAACUGGCACUGAAACUGGUACCAUAACAACUACCACGACCAACACUACAACAAAUACUACAACAAACACAACCUCAGGUACAUCAAAUUCAGCCUCAACAUCGGAAAGCUCAUCUAAACUCGUUGCCUACUAUUCAAUGCCUGAGUUGCGUCUUCUUUCAUGGUCCUCUUGUGAUGAAGAGGAUGGACUAGAUGAAACUGGACUUUUAAGGAAUCGGAUCAACCGUAAUAAGCCCCGUUUAUCGGAAAUUCAUCCAAUAACCUUUCUAAAUUCAUUAGGAAUUAACAGAAGAGAAUCAAAAGGAUCAGUUAUCCGAAAUGAUUCACAAGACACUCAAAACGCACUGGAAGAUACAUUUGACCAUUCAAUCCUCGAAAUGGCAACAAUUAGCUGCACUUCUUCUGGUAGUGGCGGUGGCAGUGGCGGAGGCUGUGGCACUGAAUCUCAUCCUACUGCUUCAUUAAUCCCUCCAGUUUACCCUCCACCCAUGAUACCAGUUACUCUGGUAAAUAAAUCUUCAUUUGAAGAGGCUUCAUCGAACUCCCGUCCACCAUCAUCAUCCUCAGCUCGAUCAACACCAUUGAAAGAGCGUCUUCAGUUGAACCUUCCCAGUUCAUCAGCGCGUUCACCCUCUGAAUGUUCAUCAAUUGAAGGCUACUAUUAUGAUAAAAGCGAGAAAGAUGGUAAAACAGUUCGCUCUCUAUCAGUUGAAUACAAGCCAGCAAUAUGUUCCUCAUACCGACAAGGGUUGAGACGUUUCUCUGCUUCACCUUCGCUUUUAGUGUCCAAACCAUUCUUUCAACUGGCUCCACAUACUUCUGGUCAUGAAACUCAUCCAAGUGUAGAUUCAGAGGAAUCAUUUGUCACCAUAAUUCCUGCUGGAAGAUCAUGCAGGACUGGUAGUGGAACAAUUGAAGCAUCACUUGGAGAUGAAGUUGACAGUUUCAUGGAUGAUGUGAUACUUGACAUUGAUGCCACCUCAUUGGGAUCAACGGAAGAUGAUGAAGCUCUUUGUGAACAAUUAACUCGACCAUUGGCAACAGUCGAUGCCGUCGGUAUUUUGGGCAGAGCAUCAGUUCAAAGGACUAGUUCAUUAGGGCCAAGAUCACCAGGAAUAAUCAACUCAAGUGGCACCAAUAGUCUAGCCAAUAUCAGUGGAGUUUCACCUUGCCCAGUUGAACUACCUACCGUUGAUGUUGGUGGAUUAGGUGGAGGUGUUGGUGUUGUUGAAUCCGAUGAUGCCACAAGUGCCUCAACUGCCACAACUAAAUCAUUGACAUCACUUGGGUCCAGUCCAAAAGCUAUCGAUGAUGAUAUUGAUGAAAUUGUUGAUCCAUCUGAUGAAAUUCGUUCCAAUGAUUCAGCUUCAACCCCUUCUCCGCCCGCAAAUCUUCAUCGUUACUUUCAUCUGUUUAAAUGUGGUGAACUAGAAGAGGUGAUUGAACAAAAUGUUGAAAAUCUUCAUGUGGUUAAAUCAUAUUAUAGUGAACACGCAACUUCUUGGUGUGUUGUGGCUGAAAAAGUUCGUGUUUGGACCAUUUAAAAUGGACCAAUCAUCAAACUUAAAUCAACGUGAAAAAGCUAUUUAUAUUGAUGCCAAUAAAUCUCUUUUUUGUUAUUGUUUAAUGUAAUAUUGUAAUAUUAUGGUUCAAUGUGCAACACGAUAUUAUUUCAAAGCCAAUCGUCAUUUACAUCAUCGAAAUUAUUAUCAUUUAUAUUUCUUCAACAAUAAUUGACAUUAUAAAUGGCAAUUGAAACAAUAUCAUUAUGGUUAAAACUAUUAUCAUUAAUUCAUGUUUCAAUGUUAAUAAGCAAAAAGAUGAGCUUUGUUGUUAAUUUAUCCAAUCUUUCGAGUAUUAAAUAUGUAAUACGUUAAAUAAGCAAUUUGUUUAUACACUAAUAUAGUA